AUGCUACAACGACAUUCCCUGCAGAGGAAGGAUGCGGAAGUGGCAACGCUUUGCGGCCAGUACAGCUCCUGGUCCGGCGACGGAUACAAUGCCAACAACAACAACUGGGGCGAGGACUCCGCCACUUCCGGGUCGCAGUGCACCUACGUCGACAGCAGCUCCAGCUCGGGCGUCGCCUGGCACACGACGUGGACAUGGGAAGGGGGGUCGGGUGAUGUCAAGAGCUACGCCUACGCAGGCCGAGUCGUCGACAGAGGGCACACGAUAUCCUCCAUCAGCAGCAUGCAGACUCAGGUCUCGUGGAGUUACAACGACACCGACAUCACGGCCACCAACGUCGCAUACGACUUCUUCACAUCCGAGGACCCAGACCACUCCACCAGCAGCGGCGACUACGAGUUGAUGAUAUGGCUCGCCAGAUACGGCGGCGCGACACCUCUCGGCAGCAUGAACGACACCGUCACCAUCGCCGGUCAGACGUGGGACUUCUACGUUGGCGGCCACAACGGAGAAAUGGCGGUUUACACCUUCGCCGCUUCCAGUACGAUCACCAGCUUCAGCGGCGACGCCAAGGACUUCUUCGACUACGUGACGGAACACCAGGGUUUCCCGGCAAGCACGCAGCAUCUACUCGUCUUUCAAGUAGGCUCCGAAGCCACCACUGGGGGUCCGACAACCUUCACGGUUUCUCACUUCUCGGCUAGCGUAAGUACUUGA